GAACAAGAACGCCCCUCGCCAUUGUUCAGUUCGAUUCAAUACUUGUCUUUUCCCUCCAUCGCUUCGAGCGUGUCGCCCACCACGAAUAUACCCAAGGCCGAGCAGGAGUCGCCAAUGAGAACAGCAUAGGACGAUGGAUCCGGUCUCGAGCGGGCAGGCUCCGCAGCAGCCAUACGGUGGAGCAGCCUCGACUUCUCAAAGCCAAAAUGCUGCUCCGUCGUCCCAGACGCCCGGCCACCCCAGCUUUCGAAGACAACGUGCAUCAAGAGCUUGUGAGACCUGCCAUGCGCGAAAGGUUCGGUGCGACGCUGCGUCCCUCGGGGUGCCGUGUACGAACUGCGUGGCUUUCAGCAUCGAAUGCAAAAUCCCAGCCCCAAAGCGAAAGAAGACACAAAACGGGAAACAAAAGGAUUCCGAUAGUGACCGUGGAGAGACGGUCGACGAACGAUCCCCUCGAAAUGAUUCCCCCAGUACACAAACGGGUCAAAGCACCGGUGUAUAUAACUCCACCGAUGGCACACGCCCUGCUGUCGCUCCCAACGAGGCGCAAUUACGCCAGCGAGACGGCGACGAGCGCGCGUAUGCCCAAUUCAUGAAGCCCAAGUUCACCAGAGCGCCUAUCAAGGAGGCUGGUAGGGUGGCCUACCUUGGAGAAUCCUCAAACCUGACUUUGCUUGUCCACGACAAAUAUGGCUCCGCAGAUGUUGUCCAUUAUCCCUUACCGGAAAACGUCAGAGGCUCUCGAGCGAGGUUAACGGAAUUGGACAAUGUGGAAAUCGAUAUCUUACAUCAGAGAGGUGCCUUCUUGCUCCCACCGAGAUCGCUAUGCGACGAGCUCGUGGAUUCGUACUUCAAAUGGGUUGCCCCCAUCGUCCCAGUCAUCAAUAGAACUCGAUUCAUGAGGCAGUAUAGAGAUCCAAAGAACCCUCCUUCGCUCCUGUUACUGCAGGCUAUCCUGCUUGCCGGAUCUCGAGUCUGCACCAAUCCCCAGCUCAUGGACGCCAAUGGAUCGACAACACCAGCAGCGUUGACUUUUUAUAAACGAGCCAAAGCACUCUACGAUGCAAAUUACGAAGAUGAUAGGGUUACUAUCGUCCAAGCUUUGGUGCUUAUGGGAUGGUACUGGGAAGGGCCAGAAGACGUUACUAAGAACGUUUUCUAUUGGUCCAGAGUUGCAACAAUCGUAGCACAAGGCUCAGGCAUGCACCGGAGUGUAGAAACAUCUCAACUAAGUACGGCCGACAAGAGGCUGUGGAAACGGAUCUGGUGGACGCUCUUCACGCGUGAUCGGUCUGUUGCCGUUGCCCUAGGUCGUCCUGUGCACAUCAACACCGACGACUCUGACGUGGAGAUGGUAUGCGAAGAGGAUUUCAUUGAGGACGAUGACCCAAACAACGAAUUUGCACAAGAUUCGCUCCAUGUACAGUUUUUCUUGCAGUAUGUUAAAUUAUGCGAGAUUAUGGGUCUUGUUCUAUCGCUGCAAUACUCAGUUGCCUCAAAAGCCCGGCGUCAGAACGCGAUCGAUCUUACCCACAGUGAUAUGGCUCUGGCAGACUGGCUCCAAAACUGCCCGAAGGAAGUAUAUUGGGAGAUGCCACGACAUCAUUUCUGGGCCGCCUUGCUACACUCAAAUUACUACACCACACUUUGCUUGCUUCAUCGCGCCCAUAUGCCGCCGGCUACUACGGAAAGAGGGGGGUACAUGGAAGACAACUCAUACCCAUCGCGAAAUAUUGCUUUCCAAGCCGCUGCCAUGAUUACGUCGAUCAUCGAGAAUCUGUCUAAGCACGAUGAACUUCGGUACUGCCCAGCAUUCAUUGUUUAUAGUCUGUUCUCUGCUCUCAUCAUGCACGUAUACCAAAUGCGGUCCAAUGUGCCUUCGGUGGUCCAAGCGACUCAAGAGCGGAUGAGGAUAUGCAUGGAUGCAUUGAAAGAUGUUUCCCGGGUUUGGCUUGUCGCGAAGAUGGUGUACACACUCUUCGAGUCAAUCUUGGGCAACAAGGUCUUGGAAGAGAGGUUACAGAAGGCUCCUGGGAAAAGACACAAGAGGAUGGCACAAAAUCUCAGCCAGGGCAUUAACCAGCUCAGGCGGGAAGAUCAAGCAAAGCGAAAGUACGAUGAUAUGGCACUUGAUUUUACCGUCAACAAUGGACCAGCGCCACAAGAGUCGUACGAAAGAUCACGUCCUCAGACGCCGAGCCACACACCAUCACGAGACUUGCCCCAUAACACGGCGUCAAUGGCGGCACCGCCGAUUUCAUCUCCAGGCUCGAGACCGAACCAAGACACAUUUAUGGGCGGUACAAAUUCUCGUCCACACACCCGACCUCCUACCCCCUUUAACCCAUCUUUCUCUGUACCAGCCACGCCUCCCGACCUUUACCUCGUAACGCGGAACUCGCCCAACCUUUCACAGUCACUCUGGGAAAAUUUCCAGCCAGAUCAAUUAUUUCCAGAAGGAUCCGCCAGCAUGCAAACUCAGUUCUCGCCGUUACAAACCCAUAACAAUCUGGAUCCAAAUCUGAUGCCCCAGAUGAUGCCGCAGCCAGUGUCAAACUCUAGUCAAUCAUCCCAAAUGCCACAACGAAUGCGCGGUACUGGAAUGAGUAGCAGUCCGGUCCAAGGAGGGGUCCUCCAACCAGGACAGGCAGGCUAUCAACUACAGCAGAACUUGUGGCAGAGUGGAUUCGAUCAACCUAUGCACGAUGAUCAGGGCCACAGUCCAAGUGAUAGCUGGAGCAAUACUUCAGCCCAGGCUGUGCCCACGACUGUGAACGUGGAAGAUUGGUUCCAAUUUUUUGGGAUUAACGGAGACCUCAGCGGUAUGAACGGUGACCAUCUGCCGCUUGCUUAAAAUCUUCGUCCGGUGUACCCAGGGUUGUGGAUCGGGUGGAGUAUCUUUGAGGGGUAAAAGGCGUCGUCUUUAGUCUGGAUUCUAGCGGUACAAAAAGCGG